GUGCAACUCAUGGGGGCUUAUGAGGAUAAACAUUCUGUGCAUUUGGUGAUGGAAUUGUGUGCAGGAGGAGAGCUUUUUGAUAGGAUAAUUGCAAAGGGGCAUUACACAGAACGUGCUGCAGCAUCUUUGCUUAGAAUAAUUGUACAGAUUGUUCAUACAUGCCAUUCAAUGGGGGUUAUUCAUAGGGAUUUGAAGCCAGAGAAUUUCCUUCUCCUGAAUAAAGAUGAAAACGCACCUUUGAAGGCAACAGAUUUUGGGCUCUCUGUGUUCUAUAAAGAAGGAGAAGUAUUUAAAGAUAUUGUGGGCAGUGCAUACUAUAUUGCUCCUGAAGUGUUGAAAAGAAGAUAUGGACCAGAAGUUGAUAUUUGGAGCAUUGGGGUCAUGUUGUACAUUCUACUCUGUGGAGUCCCUCCUUUCUGGGCAGAAUCUGAGAAUGGGAUAUUCAAUGCAAUUUUACGUGGACACGUUGAUUUUACCAGUGACCCUUGGCCUUCUAUUUCAAAUGGGGCAAAGGAUCUUAUAAGGAAGAUGUUGAAUUCAGACUCCAAGCAAAGGCUUACAGCAUAUCAAGUUCUAGGUAUCAAUUUAAAUGUUUAA